GGGAGAUUGCCUUCGAUGACGGUGGGGAUUAUUUCACGAGCAUCUGGCGCCCCGGUCGGUCGGUCAGUCAGUCAGUCAGUGAGGCAGCUGCUAUUCUUCAUACACAUACACACACAGAGACACACGGGUCUGAAUGGUGACAGGAAGGUAAAACCCGGCCACAAAAUCGCCUUUUACAGCGGAAUGUUCACUCGAAGGGGUUAUGGAGACGUCAAGAAAUCUACACAGAAAGUUCUGGACCCAAAGAAGGAUGUUUUCACGCGCUUGAAGCAUCUGCGCGCGCUGUUAGAUAAUACUGAGAGGAGUGAACUGAAGGCAUUUUUUGAAACCAACUGCUCACAGAUUUAUUUUAUCUUCUAUGAAAAUUUCAUUACACUGGAAAGUAACUUAAAACAAAAAGGGAACAAAUCUCAACGGGAGGAGCUGGACUCCAUCCUCUUUAUUUUUGAAAAAAUUCUGCAACUUCUACCUGAGAAAAUCAACAGUCGAUGGCAGUUUCACAGUAUAGGUUCGAUUCUCAAAAAGCUUUUGCACACUGGAAACUCAUUCAAGAUCCGCUGCGAGGGCAUGCGUCUGUUCCUGCUCUGGCUACAGGCUCUGCAGAACAACUGUGCCGAAGAGCAGCUCCUCAUCUUCGCCUGUCUGAUCCCAGGAUUCCCUGCUGUACCCUCAUCCAGAGGACCCUGCACACUGGACACCAUCAUAUACAACCCCUUCUCCAACCCGCCUGAUGCUAAGAUCAUAGCAGAAGAGAUCACCCCACUGGUGCCUGCUGUUCCUGGAGAGAAAGUGACGGACGACCACAUCUGCUCCAUCCUCCAGAUCAUCCUGAAGGUCAUGGUUGUCCAGGCCUCCAGCUUGGAGUGGAAAAGCAAAGAGAACCAGGACACAGGCUUCAGGUUUCUGUUCUCGCUCUUCAAGAAGUACUACCUGUCUCACCUGUUCCCCUCCUUCACAAAACACACCAAUCUCUACAAACCACAGUUAGAUCUUCCCAUAAACAGACCAAAGCCUCUUUACGUCCCCGUGACGCGUAACAACGAGAGCACAUACUGCACCAGGGACCAGUACCUGGCUCCCCGCGUGGCCUUCAUCACGUGGCUCGUGAACUUCUUCCUGGAGAAGAAGUAUGUGAACUCAAACACGAGCGCUUCAAAGAAUGGAGGAGAGGUGCUUCCUAAACUCAUCCAGACUGUGACUGCGGGCGGCAUCAGUCAGGAGAAGAGCUCUGAUUCUGAACCCAACGGUCCUGUGGAUCAGGACAAGAGUCACUCAAACAGCAGCACGCUGUCCGAUCGCAGGGGCAGUAACUCCAGUCUGUGUAGCAUUGAGGAGGAACAUCGAACCGUCUACGACAUGGUGCAGUCCAUCCUGCUGUCCACCAGAGACAACGUCAAUUUCGUCAACGAGGUCUUCCAUCAGGCAUUCCUCCUGCCGUCAUGUGAAGCCUCAGCCACCCGUAAGGUGAUCAAAGUGUACAGGAAGUGGUUCCUGCAGGAGAAGCCCACUUUCAUGCAUGAGCCCGAGAACAGCAGCCGGGAGGAAGACGGCGAGGAAGAACACCUCGUCUCUGAGACAGACAGCGCACAGAUUCAUGCCAUCGAGACUCACGGACACAAACGAUCGUCCAGCUGGGGGCGCACUUACUCGUUCAGCAGCGCCAUCAGCAGAGGCUGUCUGACUGCAGAACAGAACCACAAUGUGAAGGCCGGCAUUCAGCCCGCCCUGCAGGUGUUCCUGACCAACUCUGCUAAUGUGUUCCUAUUGGAGCCAUGUCAGGAUGUGCCGAAGCUGAUGGAGAACCAGCUGGAGGUGUGCAAAGGAGUGCUCAGCGUGUACCGCCACAUCAUCAUGGAGCAGAACAUGGACCGUCAGACCUGGGAGCAGUUGCUGCAGGUGUUGCUGAGGAUCACGGAAGCGGUGAUGAAGAGACCGCAGGAGAGCCAAAGAAAAGAUGUGUUCGCCCACAGCCUGGCCAGCAUCCUCUUCAAAACGAUCUUCGUGGCAUGGGUGCGGGCCAACCUGACGGUGUUCAUCUCCCGUGAGCUGUGGGACGAGCUGCUGGCUUUGCUGUCGUCUCUCAGCCACUGGGAGGAGCUGGUGUUCGAGUGGGCCAGCAUCAUGGACUCUCUCACUGCCGUACUGGCACGAUACGUCUACGGUCUGGACCUGCACAACCUGCCGCUGGACAAACUCUCAGAGCAGAAGGAAAAGAAGCAGCGCGGCCGGGGAGUGAUGCAGGACUCUCAGAAGUCUUCGGAUAGUAGUCGCAUGUUCUCUGUGGGCUGGAGGAACUCUGGAGAUCAGAUGGGAGCUCAGGAGCCCAUGAGAUUCCGCAGCGCCACAACCACCGGAGCUCCGGCCGUUGAGAAAGCCCGCAACAUCGUCCGACAGAAAGCCUCGGCUAAGAGAAGUCAGUCUAUCAGCAACUGUGUGCAUCUUUGUGAGGCUUUUCCGGCCACUAAGAGCGUGCCCAUGCUGCUGCACACUGUCAGCUCUUUCUUACCUGGCAUCUCUCACUGCCCUCACAGACUCUCAGCAGACGUGGAGGAGUGUCAGCUCUCUGAAUGUGAGACAGGAGAUGGAGACAGUCCCCUGCCCCGCAGCAGCAGCGCUUCUGACAUCACACAACAGAUCAACGACACGUUCCCAGGUCAGAAAAGAGAGGAGUCACCACAGACAGGCAGAACGUCCGUGUCAGAGAUCAGCUCUGCGGGGAAGAGAGAGAGUGAUGCUCCUACGAUUUUCAUCCGGAGGAGCAGCAGUCCGGCCGAUCUGGAUUAUCCAGCAGAGGGAGCUCCAGCGCUCCUGAAACCUAAACUGCGGGAGAAAAGUGAGAGCGUGAGCAGCGAGACGUCUAACGGGUUUCUGAACGACGCAGAUGCGGGUCUGCUGUCGUGGAAUGCGCUGGAGGAGGAGCCGGACUCCUCCUCUGCUCAUGACGUGAGCGUUACCGUGGAUACAGAGAGCCAGAGGAGUCUACUUCUGAGCCACACCGACGCUCUCGCAGGGUCAAAUUGUGCGGCCCCUCCUCACUGUCCCCCAGUGUCCCCAGCUCUUCUCCUGCCUCACGGCUGCUGUGAGGGCCCUCAGCUCCUGGAGGAUGCCAUGAACAUGCCUGACCUUCUGGACAGCAGCGAGUUUCUGGCGGAAGACAUCAGCAUCAUCGCAGGUGGCAGUUUGACCGGAUGGCACGCCGACUCCGCCUUCGUCCUCUGGAGGCGAACCCUGGGGAUUCUGGGCGACGUUAACAGCAUCCGCUGUGCCCGUAUCCACGCCAAGGUCUUCAGUUACCUCUAUGAGCUCUGGCACAAGCUGGCCAAGAUCAGAGAUAACCUCGGGAUCAGAGUGGACACAGAGACAGCCACGGCCAGACCGUUGUUCAUCCCUCCUCUGCGCAUGCUGGCCUCCUGGCUCUUUAAGGCUACAAUGCUGCCGUCAGAGUUCAAGCCUGGGAAGCUGCACGCGUAUAAACUCAUCUGUGAGAUGAUGACCAAACAUCAGGACGUGCUGCCCAACAGUGACUUCCUGGUGCAUCUCUACCACGUCAUGCACAAGGGCUUCACCAGCGACGAUCAGGAUGUGUUGAACACAAUGAUCAGAUGGUGCUCGCCGCGCUUUUUCUUCCUGGGCCUGCCGGGCUUCACCAUGCUCGUGGGAGUCUUCAUCACCGCCGCCGCCCGCGUCCUCAACACGGACUCCUUUGAGGCGCCACGGAUCGAGGCUCAGACGGUUUUGGGGUCUCUGGUGUGCUUUCCCAACCUGUAUUGCCAGAUCCCCUCUUUGCAGUCUCUUCCGGGAUCUGAGGACAUCAUGGUCGGCAAUGAAGACAUGAAGGACUAUCUUGUGAACAUCCUUUUGAAGACUGCCCGCAAUGAGUCGUGUGAAGGAGCCAGGUGUAUAGCUAUCUGCAGUCUGGGGCUGUGGGUGUGUGAGGAGCUGGUACAACCCGAAACUCAUCAUCAGGUGAAAGACGCCAUCAACGUCCUGGGUGUCACUUUAAAGUUUGGAAAUAAGGUGGUGGCCAGUGUGGCCUGUGACAUCUUUCAGCUGCUGAUCUCUCAUUGGCAGCAUUUACAGAGACUGGAGUCAUCCCUUCCCAAAAGAAUUAUAGAGAUAUUUGUAGCAACCAUUGCAUUUCUUCUGCCCAGUGCCGAGCACUCAACAGUCGAGGCGGAUAAAAAGUUAAUGGUGUCUCUACUGCUGUGCCUGCUGGACUGGUGCAUGGCCGUACCCCUCUCCAUCCUCCUGGAGCCCAUCACUAUGCCCGUGCUGGACGACCCCGCCUCGCAGAAAGCCCCUCUGCUCGACUACAUUUACAGGGUGCUCCACACUUGUGUAUCAGGGUCUAACCUCCACACUCAACAGAGUCACUACGUCCUCAGUCUCGCCGAUCUGUCCACAGAUUACGAGCCUUUCCUUGCUCUAGGCCAAGUCAAGAGCUUUGAACCAACACCUGUACACAAUGCCAUGGGAGACUUUGGAAAUCUGCUUACUGUGGCUGAAGAAAAGAAAAGAAGAAGCUUGGAGCUGAUUCCUCUAACUGCUCGCAUGGUAAUGACACACCUGGUCAAUCAUUUAGGACAUUAUCCUUUGAGCGGAGGCCCUGCCAUCCUUAACAGCCUGGUGAAUGAGAACCACGACAACCCUUACGUAGAGUCCUCCGAACUCUCCUCUGAAGUCUUCAAGAGCCCCAAUCUGCAGCUCUUUGUCUUCAAUGACAGCACGCUAGUCUCGUACAUGCAGAUCCCCUCCGACAAUUCCAGCAUUGCUCCGGUUAAUUCAAACCCCAGAGACCAUUCCUCAGAGGUCCGCAUCAUCGUUCGGGACAUCUCUGGGAAGUACUCGUGGGACGGUGGCGUUCUCUACCGGACGUUGGAAGGAGCCGCCUCGAAUUCGGCCGGCAGCAGAGAGGGGUCAUGUCACGAGACAAUCCGGCCUGCCGCUGCAUCCAAGCAGAACUCCGUCCAUUCUUCAGAAGUAGAGGUGGAAGAUGGCAUGGAUGUGUUGGAUCAGCUGCUGGAAGACCUGGGAAACAGUAGCCCGGAGUGCCUACCGCAACCCGAGCAGAGACUCACUCAGCCGCCGUCUCCACCCAUGGGCAUGAACCCUGAGAUGGAAGGCCUUAUCAUGGAUGCCAUCCUCAGGCAGACACAGCAGGAGGAUGAGGAGCUGGCACGGAGACAAUGCGAGGACUCCAGCAUCAGAGCGGCCUCUCAAAGAGAGCCCACGCACCAAGAACCCAAAUCACCCUUUUACCUUUGCAGACUUCUCCUCAAUGACCUUGGCAUGAACUCGUGGGACCGCAGGAAGAGCUUUCAUCUUCUAAAGAAGAACUCUAAGCUCUUGAGAGAGCUGAAGAAUUUGGACUCAAGGCAGUGUCGAGAGACCCAUAAGAUUGCCGUCUUCUACAUUGGAGAAGGCCAAGAGGAAAAAUACUCCAUUCUGUCCAACACUGAAGGCACUCAGGCUUAUGAAGACUUUGUUUCUGGACUCGGAUGGGAGGUGGAUCUGGCCACUCACUGUGGGUUCAUGGGAGGUUUACAGAGGAACGGCAGCACGGGAAACACAGCGCCGUAUUACGCUACCUCCAACGUGGAGGUCAUCUUCCACGUGUCCACUCGCAUGCCUUCUGACUCAGACGAUUCCAUCACUAAAAAGCUUCGUCACUUGGGAAACGACGAAGUGCACAUAGUGUGGUCGGAGCACACGCGGGACUACAGGCGAGGAAUCAUCCCCACUGACUUCGGAGACGUCCUGAUCAUCAUCUACCCGAUGAAAAACCACAUGUUCUUCAUUCAGAUCAUGAAGAAACCGCAGGUGCCGUUCUUUGGGCCUCUGUUUGACGGGGCGAUAGUGACGGGAACUUUGCUGCCAAGUCUGGUGCGGGCCACGUGUAUCAACGCCAGCAGGGCCGUGAAGUCUCGAUUGCCGCUCUACCAGAGUUUUUAUGAAGAGAGGGCUCUUUACCUGGAAGCCAUCAUUCAGAAUCACAAGGAGAACAUGACCUUUGAGGACUUUGCUGCCCAGGUGUUCUCGCCCUCUCCCAGCUACUGGCCAUCAGCAGGUGCAGGUUCCCUCAGCUACAGCACGAGCGCCGACCUCAGCGUUACUGUGACCGACUCCGGCGACCAGGUCUCGCCCACCAUGCCACGCGCCUCCAAGAACAGGGUUUCCGGGAAGAUCCGCCGCUCGGCCAGCGCCAUCAGCAAGUCCUCCAACUGAACGCUUCGGACUGCAACGUCCUGCAGCUGUGUGGAUGAAUGUAUUCAUGGACUGAUUUUAUUUUGGGUUUUCUUUCUGAGUAGCACUGAAAGACGCAACCGUCGCUCGCAAUAAUGCAUGGUAAUGCAUCACCAGUCACGUAGAACGAUUCAGAGUCAACCAACAAAAUCACUGUUUUACAACAAAAUCUUUUUACAAAACCGAGGCUUUGGCUAGUUCCCUCAACCUUUUAAAUACUCUGACAAGCUUUUUUAAUGUUUUCCUGGUUUGGAGUAUAGUAAUGCAGAAUAAACUAAAUGUCUUAGUGUGGAACACUGAAAACUGGACCAAUGACAGCGAGUGCACUGAAUGUCCUGUCCGUACCAGCACUGAAAUGUUCAUACAGAAUACUGAACCUCUUGAAGACGCGAAUCAGACAUGGUUUUCCAGUAUUCUCACACAAAACGUUGAUUAAUACUAACGUGUAAACGGAGCGGACAAUCAGUGCCAUCUUUCAAACUACAGUAGGACGCUAUGAAAUCGUAUGAUUUUCUUUUAAACCACUCGUUUGAUUGUUUUACGAGCUUGAUUUAUGCAGCGUGUUGUGUUUGUGAUCUCGUGGAAAUCUACUCUGACAUUCCAAUGUUUUUCUACGUGUUUUUUGCACUCGGCCAGUGGCGUAGACCCAUGUUUCAUUUCUUCCCUCCGCGUUGCGGUUCAGUUAAUAAUAUAUAUUUGUUUCGUGUAUAUACGGGAGAAUGUUUUCCAUGGUAAUGUGAUGUACACCUGACUCGAUGGAGAUGAAGAUUCCGGCAGAGCCUCGGGUAAACCUGAGCUCAAUGCACUUGUGUGUGUACGGGGAGCUGCUCGUCCAUGCUGGAGCGUGAUUGCCUCGUUUUUUUGUUUUGUAUUGUUUUUCCCCAACUUUAAUUGUUCCAGCACUCGCUGGAUGGAGAGCGGCAUCAUUUCACGUUUUGUGUGAUCCUUACGUUUCAGCGGAGGAAAUUGAAGGAGAUUGUCCGUGUUUUGUAAGAGGCGCUUCUGUUGAUUAGAUGCUGGAUAGGGGUUCUUUUCCACCUGCUUCCUCUGAAUCCCGCGUGCCUCUCCGAGUGCCCUUUACCGUACCAGCAGCAUGCCAGCGCUUCUCUCUCCGGCUCUCCCCACUCGCCAACGCCCCGCCACCCCCUCUGUUUCCGUAGAGACCCAUCCCGGUUGCCAUGGAUGCCAGGUGUUACGCUCCACCCGAGCUGCAACAGGACACACACUACUUUGCCUUACCUGUACACGUUUCUCUUUGUUGUCUUGUGUUGCCUGUUUGUCGUGUUUGUUUGUUUGGUCGGAUAGCAUAGGAGUCGUCAUCUCGGAGUCCGCUCUGAAUGAAAAACGUUGGCGAAUGUAUGCAAAUCGACAGCCCGAAUCCAAACCACUACGCCGAUCUGUCGCGCCUCGUGCAGAUUUGAAACGGGCCGUCUGUUUUUGGGUUCAGCAUGCUGACGUAGCGCUCGCCGGCGACGUGUCUUACUGCACAUGGCCUGAUUCAAUUUUAAUGAUAACGUUCAUCGUAGACUUUGCCGUUAGCCUUGUAUCUUACGUGUUGGGAUUUUCUUUGUUUGUUUGGUUUUUUUUCUGAAUGCUACGAAUUCUGAAGGAUAUAAAUAUAUUAAUGCCUGUAAUAUGAUCUUUGUAAAAGACCUUGAAGCUUGAAGAUUUCAUUCUGACUUGUUAACAUAUCAGACUGUUUUUAAUAGACAAAGUAAUUACUUUAUCUUUACUAGAAAUGUGAAGAAAUUGAAACAUUUCAUUAAAUCGAUUUGAA